AUGGACCAGGGGGUGAUCGAAGCCUUCGAACGUUACUCCAGAAAAGCGUUGCUUCGCCGUGCCCUAAUCGGCCAAGAGGAAGAUAAAACAAUUCUUGAAAUCUACAAAGGUAUUAACUUGAAUGAUGCUGUUUACAUGGCAGCAAAAGCAUGGGCUAAUGUCAAAGCGACUACUCUAAAGAAAUCCUGGAAUAAAAUUUGUCCAGUAGUUGAAUCUGAAGCUAGCCCUACAUCUGCAAAACCAACAAAUGAAAACUUCGUUUCAGAAAUAGUUGAGUUGAUGAACGUGGUUUCAGGAUUUGAAGAAUGUGACCAAGAAAACGUGCAUGAAUGGCUAGAAUUUGACGAGGAUGAUCCUGGCUAUGAAUUGUUGACGGACGACGAUAUAAUAGCACAGGUUAAAUUUUCUGAAGAUAACGAUGAAGACGAAAUUAAUGAUGACAUCGCCUUAGCUGAAAAAUGUCCGUUCAAUGAAGAAGCCUUUAAAUGCUUUGAGACUGCUAUUAAAUGGUUGGAACACCAAGACGAAUGCGAUUCUGUGCAAUUGCUGUCUUUAAGAUGUGGCGUCAAAAAAACGAGUCUCAAAACUUAA